GGGGUUCAGAAAGAUGGUCCGAGCGCGCUCUGACGCGUGAGAGGCUGAGAGCGCGGCACCGCGUCGAACGCGUUCUGGCGACGUCUAGCGUCAUCGAUUCCCUCGACAACUACAGCACAUAUUCUCAGUGCAACCCAGCUACCUUUCGGACUUCAAAGGUGCCUGUGCUUUAAGUAACGUUGUUUUUCCGAGUUCGGCGUCCAAUCAGCUUUGGUUUCCGCGAUCAGUUCCCGUCAGUCUGCUGGAAGUUUAGCCAUUGCCCAGUUUGCGACUCCUUCUAUUCACCUUUUCACUUCCUCAACAUCCUGGACUUUGAAAAGUUUAAACGAAAUCAUGCCCGAGAUUGGUGAAGUUGCGCGCAUAGUGCACUUCCUCAAGAAGCACGUCGCCGGCAAGAUUAUCGAGAAUGUACGGACUCAAGAAGACGAUAUCAUCUACGGCAAAGUUGGCACCUCGGCGACGGCCUUCGCAGCCGCUAUGAAUGGCAAAAAAGUUCUCGAUGCGCGCCAACAAGGCAAAUAUUUCUGGAUGGUCAUGGACUCGCCUCCGCACCCCGUCAUGCAUUUGGGAAUGAGCGGCUGGAUCAAGUUUUCCAAUGAUGACACGUCCUACUACAAGCCUGUCAAAGAGGCGGACUCGGAAUGGCCGCCGAAGUACUGGAAAUUCAUACUUGAAGUUGAUGGAGAUGAAAAGUGCGAAGCAGCAUUCGUGGACCCUAGGCGACUGGGCAGGAUCCGGCUUGUCGAUGCGGAUGGAGAGCAGCUAAGAAACACAACUCCAUUGAAAGAGAAUGGCCCGGACCCUGUGAUCGACAAAGACAUCUUGACACAAGAAUGGCUGGUCAAGAAACUUAAGAGCAAGAAGGUGCCAAUCAAGGCGCUGUUGUUAGAUCAGGCCAAUAUCAGUGGUGUCGGCAACUGGGUUGGAGACGAAGUCUUGUAUCAAGCAAAGAUUCAUCCAGAGCAGUACAGCAAUACUUUCAGCGAGGAGCAGGUCAAGACACUGCACGACUCCCUCAUCAAUGUCUGCGACAUUGCCGUGAGCACGCGCGGAGAUUCGAGUCAGUUUCCCGAUGAUUGGCUGAUGAAGCACCGCUGGGGCAAAGGCAAGAAAGACGCCAACAAACUUCCUAAUGGCGACAAAAUUAUCUUCCUGAAGGUCGGCGGCCGCACCUCAGCAGUCGUACCUCGGGUCCAGAAGAAGACUGGUGAGGUUACUGCCGACGUCAAGGACGAGAGUGCCUCCGAAACCAAAAACGCCGCCGGUGUUAAAGAUGAACCCGAAGAGGAGGCCAAACCCACACGUGGCAAACGCGGCGCCAAAGCAGUGCCGGCGGCUAAGGCCAACGGCUCUGCUAGCAAAGCUAAGAGAGGACGCCCAGCUAAGGCCAAGAAAGAAUCGGAGGACGAAGCGUCUGAUGCGGGAGAUGAGGAGCUGGCGGAUGAAGACGAAGAACCUGCACCGAAGAAGGCAAAGAAGGACGAUGCGGCCAAAGAGGCUCCUGUCAAGAAGGGAGGAAAGAAAGUUGCAGCAACGAAGACCGAGACGGAGGGAACCAGGAGACGGUCGACACGUAACAAAUGAGGGGUGAGCGAAGUGUCAGCGUUUAAUCUCUCGUAUGCUAAAACGCCGCAAUCAUAAGAGACGGUUAUGGCACAUUUGUGGUAAGGCUGAGGUGUACGGAGGAGAGGCGUCGCAGAGUGUACAUCAGUAUGGAUAAGUGUACUACAACGACAAAACUAAUAUACCC